AGCUUAAAGAAGACUUCGACUUUGACAUCAGCACUUAUCAAGAUUUCAUCUGGACUUCAGCCUUUUGAUGUGGAAUGACUAACAUAUCCACACAGUAUAAAGAAUUAGUUUUACACAGAGUGUGCCGCAAAGUUGCCAUUUCCCGUGAAUAAAGAAGCCAGUGUUUGAAAAAAUGUAAUAAAAAAUAAAUUAAAACAUUUUACUUUUAUAAACUCAGUGUGACAGAAAUAAUUACUACUUGUAUAACAAAUUCUACCAGUUUGGUUUGGUUCUGAACGGUCACUUAACUAAUGCAAAUGCUCUGAAUCAGAGCAAGUCAGAUGUGUUAAGAUACAUAAUUAAACAUGUACAACAAGUUCAACCCUCACUAUUGCAUCAUUUACAACAGCACACAGGUUGAACUUUACUCAUUUUUAUGGUGUCGUGCUCAAAGAAGCAGUGAACAUAAGGAAAAGAAUCCAGAGGUAUUUAGAAAGAGUCUGUAGAGCAGCUGAACAAUGACUGCUGCUCAGAGUCAGCCAACACUGGAGUCCAAGCUGGAGGCCCUUCAGAGCCACUUCACCUGGGAUCUGGACUCCAGCAGGUCUAAACUAUUUAAGCUCAGAGAUGUACUACAGGACAUUGGCACCAGUGAAGGAAACAGCUGGCAGGGUCACAUUUACAACCUGCAGGGGUUCAUCCACUAUCAGCUGGGCUUCAUCAAAGAGGCCAAGAGUUUCUUCAGCAGGGCCACUGAGGCCUUCCACCAGAUGAGGAACACAGUCUCAGAUGGUCCCUGGUUGGUGGUAAACUACGGGAACCUGGCUUGGAUGCAUCACCACCUGGGAGAACAAGCAGAGAGUGAGCGUUACCUGUCAAAGGUCCACGCCCUGAUGAAGGAGUACCCAUCUCCAUCUGAGGACGAGCUGCAUCCAGAGAUCUACGCUGAAAAGGCCUGGACCCUGAUGACGUUUUGUGAAGACAAAAAGCAUCUGGCUGCAGAUUACUUCCAGAGAGCCAUCAGGAUGCAGCCGGACAGGGUGGAGUGGCAGACCAGCCGAGUGUUAGCAUUAGUAAGUGCUUUUAAGCACCCUAGCAAUGAGUUGGGGGCUGACAUCUUGGAGAAAAUGAAAAUCGCCAGAAAACAUGAUCCAGAGAACUUGUACCUUGCUGCUCUUUAUCUUGAGGCAUCUGCUCGGAGAGGAACAAACAUUAAAGAAGAAGCACGUGUAUUGGCCAGAAAGGUUUUAAGAAAAACAGUUAGCAGCUACAAUGGGUUCACACCAUUACUGAGGUUGUACAGAAACUAUUUUUCCAUGGAUGAAGCUAUUGAUUUGGCAGAGGAGGCUCUGGAAAGACAUCCAGAUGAGCGUUACUUCAGGAGAUGUGCUGCAAUCUGCUACAAAAUUAAGUUCUUUACUCAAAAGGACAAUCGUUUGGAGCCCAGCAUGAUCUCCAAAGUGAUCACCCUCUGUGAGAAAGUAAUUUCUCUCUAUCCUGAUUCUUCACUCAGAAUGCAAAUAACUCUUGCAAACAUAUAUGCAAAGUCAAAACGCCAAGAUGAAGGGAAGACGAUAUUCAAAGAUCUGCUAGAAAGGGAUCUGGACACUGAUGAGAAACAGAUGGUUUACAAUGGCUACGCAAAGUUUUUAUAUUUUAGCCUAAAAGAGGAACAAGAGUCAAUAAAAUACCACAUGAUGGCAGCAGAGAUUCCACAACAAUCCUUCUAUCGGGAGGACAGCAUCAGGAACCUGGAGAAGAUCAGAGAUAGAAACCAUAACCGAAGAGAAAUAGAGAAGUUUCUGGCCAACCUGCAGCACUGAGAGCUGACAGUAAAGAUGGAACAACACUGGGGAUAAAUCAGGAAGAUGUUGGUCUUCAUGGCCUGAGAAAUAAGUUUACAAUGGCUCUUUUAGCAAAUCCUGAUUCUGUUUCACGAAAGUAUUUAUUGAUAAUGAGUCCCUUCAUGUCAUCAUAUUGUCUAAGAGACAAUAAGAUGAGACAGUGACUAAGACAGUGAAUUAUUAAUUCAAUUAAUUCAAUUAUUAUUUUAAACACCCCCCCCCCCACCACCACCACCACCAAAAAAAAAAAGAAAUCUAAAAUAAUAAAACCAUAAGAAAAUCUAAUUAAGUGUUUUGUUUUUUUCUGCUUAUGUGAUAAACUCUUGAUCGAACGCAACUCUCUGUGAAGCUCCCACAAUUUAACAAAUAAUAAUAUGUUUAUUUGUGGUGCAACUUCUAAAACAAGACAUAAUUUAACAUUUUGACAUAAAAAAUAAAGAAAAAUUUUUAAUAUGAAUACAGUUAGCAUAAUACACAACAAUGACAACUCAUGGUCACACAUCAGAAAAAUAUUAAAGUCACUCUGAAGGGGAUUAGCUGCCCAGCAGAUCAAA